UAUUCUGAUUAUUCUUUAACGAGAAGCAGAAGUGAUAGUGUCAAUAGUGUCGUUUUCGGGUCUCGUGGAAAAUUGUUGAGAAAAUUUGCUUGAAAAAUAUGUGGUGUAAAGUAUUUAAUUUACAACGGUUUGAUGUGCAACUGCUUAAUUAGCGCCAUUAAUGUCAAGUGCAUUAAAAUUGUUUAAUAGAAAUAAUAAAAAGUAAAAUUAAAGUGCUGUUUCCUGAUUUUAGAGUUUUUUUUUUAAAGAGCGGUACGUUUUAAAAACCGGACACAUUUCAUAAAGUUGCUAAGUGCCAUUUGUUGGGGAAAAAACAACAACACAACUACAACCGUUGUAGCUACAAUAACGGUAAACAAGUGCAAAAGUUUGCAUCUCGUAGUUCGGAACAAUGCGCAUUGUUGUUUUUGUAUACAUGCUAGCUACUAUCAAGCCUAAUUGAGGAUCCCUAAACUAAAAGGGUUUCGAAAUUUUGAAUGAAUGCAAUUUUGCUCAUCAUUAGCUUCACCUUCAAGAAAUGCCAAUCAUAUCCUUUAAAGCGAUCCCAGGGACUGAGUAAAUAAAAUUUCAGUUGCACACAAAAAGCACAAAACAUUAUAAGAAAUAUUGAAAGUUGAGCAAAACGCAGAAAGCUACGCAUAAAAUCGCACAAAAAACCCUCAAAGGCACAAACAGUAUCGGCCAGCCUACUUGUGUAUUGGCAAGUUGUGGUAGUUGGCUUUGUCUGCGCUGGCUAUUCGCAAGGAAAUUAAAUGACGCCAAUCGUUACAGCAACAACAACAACAAUAACAAAGCAAACAUAUCCAGCCGUUGAAACACCACUUUCCGCUGGACACAGCCACACACAAAUGUGUCGAGAACGAGGCGGUCUAGCACAAAUUACAGUAAAUAAAAUAUCAACACCAACUACGGCAUUACUGCGCUUUUGGAAUUAGUUAGUGUAAAAGAAAGACGGAAAGUGCGUGUUUAGGUCGCGUGGUCAGUAAGCGACAGGAAGUCCGCUUGUGUGUGUGAGUUUUGAUGUGGAACACACUCAAGACGCCUAGCAACAGAGAUUUUUGGUCAAACUCCAAAACUUGCUGAGCACGCUCGCCAAGCGAACGGUACGUAGACACAACAACCGGAAACGGAAACAUAAGUGCAAACGACAGGCAGCAAAAACAUUUGGCAAUUUGAUCCGCCGGACACGCAUUCAAUCUAUGAGCACCGUUAGUUGGCUUUCUGACAGCGCUGAGCACAUAUUUACCAUUCAGCUACACUAAGUGUGUGUAUGCUUAUAUACUUCGUGCAUAUCUGUAUAUGGCACCAUUAGUGAAGGCGUCAAACUACCAAUAACUGGUGCGCAGCGUCGUAAUAAACACUUUAUUCAAAACAUAAAAGACACGGUGUUGCCAAGCGGCAAACGGUGUCAUUUGGUGCGAGUAAAUAAUAUUGCUACGCUUUUAUUAUACAGUCAAGAAACACACACAUACUAAAGCGCACGUGUUAACAGCAUUAAAAGCGACAGAAGCCAUAGUUUGCGGCCGAGUAAGUGCCGGACAAUUAACUCCACCGCCCAGUCAUUGCUUGAGGCGGCACGACACGUGCAAGCCGCCGCUAAAUAUCCAGCAGUGUAGAGAUUUUUUUCCAGCCGGCCCAAGGAGACAAUAAAAAACCGCCAACCUGGAACUAAUGGAAUUAGAGAAUAUUGUGGCCAAUACGGUCUACUUGAAAGCUAGAGAAGGUGGUUCCGACAGCAACAAAGGCAAGAGCAAGAAAUGGCGCAAAAUACUACAAUUCCCACACAUAUCGCAGUGUAUACACCUCAAAGACAAAUUAGAUAUAAGUUAUGGUUACGUGAUAGACCAACAACCCAUCGGCCGUACAUUGUUUCGGCAAUUUUGUGAAAGCAAACGGCCGAUAUACUUUCGGUACAUUUCGUUCCUGGAUGAAGUGCAGCGAAUUUCGUUUUUGCUCUCCUCCAAUGCGAAAUUCAGAUACGACGUGGAGUACGAUGAGAAUCGUAUCGCUAUUGCGGUCGAUAUUGGACGACGUUUUCUGGCUAUUGACACGCCAACCGCGCUAAAUAACGGCAUUUGCGAUAUCAGCGAUGUCAUACGAUCGGCAAAUGAGAAUGCAGUUGAUGACGACGAUGCCAACAACACUAGUUCCACCAUUGAGAACAACACUGCUGCAGAGACUGAAAAUCACAAUAAUACCACCACCAAUAGCAGCAGCAAUAAUCACAAAAACUACGAGCAACACAAUGGCGAUGAGCACAACAAUGGCAGCAAUCAACAACAGAAACAUACAUUGAGCGAUGGCAGUGCGACACACGAUGCCGGCGGCUCUGGUGGCGGUGACAGUGGUGUGGAUGCGGGCGAUACAGUUGGUGGCGGCAGCGGUGAAGGCAGUGGCGGGGGGGGAGGUGGUGACGACACCGGUGGCGGUGACCUAAACAAGGAUAGCAGUAAUUGCCACUAUAGUCCCGGUGUGGGCAAAUUGAAUCCCGCUACCGGCGAUGAAUUGGUGCUGGAUGUGCUCAAUGAUGAUCUUAUUGCGCGGGUGCGCGACAAGAUCACCAGUGGCAAUAAAGAACUCUUCGAGCCGUGCGUAACGGCUGUGAAGGCAUUUCUGGCCGGUGAACCAUUUCAAGAGUUCGAGACUUCAAUGUAUUUCCAUCGUUAUUUGCAAUGGAAAUGGCUCGAGGCUCAACCUAUCACCUACAAAACGUUUCGCAUGUAUCGCGUAUUGGGAAAAGGUGGCUUCGGCGAGGUCUGUGCAUGUCAGGUACGUGCAACUGGUAAAAUGUACGCCUGCAAAAAGCUCGAGAAGAAACGUAUAAAAAAGCGCAAGGGUGAAUCGAUGGUUCUUAUAGAGAAACAGAUUUUGCAGAAAAUCAAUUCCCGCUUUGUUGUUAAUUUGGCGUACGCGUACGAGACGAAGGAUGCCCUCUGCCUUGUGCUAACGAUCAUGAAUGGCGGUGACUUGAAAUUCCAUAUUUAUAAUAUGGGUGGCGAUCCGGGCUUUGAAAUGGUACGAGCACGUUUCUACGCCGCCGAAGUUGUCUGCGGAUUGGAGCAUCUACACCAACAGGGUAUUGUAUAUCGAGAUUGUAAGCCGGAGAAUAUAUUGCUGGACGAUCACGGGCAUGUGCGAAUAUCAGAUUUAGGUUUAGCCGUCGAAAUACCGGAGGGUGAUUUGGUGCGCGGGCGUGUCGGUACUGUGGGUUACAUGGCUCCAGAAGUGAUCGACAAUGAAAAAUACUCAUUCUCACCGGAUUGGUUUAGUUUCGGUUGUUUAUUAUAUGAAAUGAUCGAAGGUCAGGCGCCAUUCCGCAUGCGCAAAGAGAAGGUGAAACGCGAAGAGGUCGAUCGACGUGUGAAGGAGGACAAUGAAAAGUAUUCUAGCAAAUUUAGUGAUGAGGCUAAAUCAUUAUGUCAGCAGCUGCUCGCUAAAUCCAUAAAAGUACGACUUGGCUGUCGAAAUGGUCGCUACGGUGCACGUGAAGUGAAAUUGCAUCCAUUCUUCAACUGCAUUAACUGGAAACGGCUGGAGGCAGGCAUGGUGAAGCCGCCUUUUGUACCAGACCCACACGCUGUGUAUGCCAAGGAUGUGCUCGACAUUGAACAAUUCUCGACAGUGAAGGGUGUCAAUAUUGACGACUCCGAUACGAACUUCUAUAGCAAAUUUAAUACCGGCUCCGUGUCGAUUUCGUGGCAAAAUGAAAUGAUGGAAACAGAAUGCUUCCGCGAACUGAAUGUAUUCGGCGUCGACGACAGUCCAACGCCCGAUUUGUUGAUCAACGCUGUGCCGGAGCCGGAAAAAGCUGGCUGUUUUCCGUUCAGAAGAAAGAAGAAGCAACCGCUGCGCACACAGCCGAUACCCAUUCCCGAACACUUACUAACCACUAGUCACAGCGUUUCCUCGACGACCGUUGAAAGCUGAUAGCAUAAGUCAAUAAGUAACAUUAAGUGAUAAUUGUACGCAGGCGCAUUAAAUUACCAGAAAAAAAAAACAUACACACAACAAACAUCAAUGAAUUGGUGCAAAGUGA